AUGUUUGGCGAGUGUGAUUACAGGGAGGGAGAGUGUGCCUGGGUGUUUUGGGGUGUUUGCGGGGAAAUCUGGGUGCCGAGGGGCCGGGGCGAGUGUGGGGGAGGCGGGGGAAUUGCAAUUGAUCAGACUCGCUCGCUCGCUCGUCCAGGCAGCGCAACCUGGCGGUCCGCGCCCUUUGCUUUCUACCACUUUGGCUUCCAACUCGUGAGUGCUCUUGCCGCCAUCGCCCUCGCCGCCGCCGCUGACGUCGCCCAGUCCACGCUGGCACUCCCAACGCCGCCGCCGCCGCCGCCGCCGCGCCUGCCGACCGACAUCAUGUCCUUCUUCCCCGCCCAGGCCCACGCCUCGCCGCAGUACAAGCCCGCGCCCAUCCGCCAGGAGGGCUUCUCGCCCGCCGGCGACCACCCGUCCCCGCCGUUCGACCUCGCCCUCCCCGCCGUCCCCGACGCCUUCCGCAAGUUCUCCGCCGCCUCCGACUUUGGCGACGAGCUCGCCAGCCUCAUGGUCCACUCGCCCCCGCCCCCGCCGCAGCACCUCAGCAACGAGCGUUCCACCCAGAGCCACAGCCCCGACUCCCAUCACUACCCGCACGACGAGCAGUACCGCGCCCACACCCACAACAUCUUUGACAUUUCUGCGCCGCACGCCAACGGAAAUAAUAGCCACAACAACAACAACAACGGGUUCCCGACGCACUUUUCGCUUCCCCCGCCCUCGCACCUCGCCCAGCUCCCCCCGCACUCCGCCAGCACCUCCCUCAACCUCAACGCCCACACCCCCAUCCACGACGCCCACCCGCACCACCACCAGCAAUCCUUCCACCCAAACUUCAACAGCACCCUCCCCGCGCUCAACUCCUCGCUCCGCUUCGAGCCCGAGCCCGCCGACCCCACCGCUAACAACGCCAACAACAACACCUACGACUUUGCCCAGCACCGCUCGCGCAGCAGGAGCCGCGGCCCCGGCCCCGGCCCGACGCGCACCGCGAGCACGACGCGCCAGAAGCGCAACAGCGUCAGCGGCACCUCGCCCCCGCCGCGCCCGGGCAUCGUCAUCCCCGGGCGCGCCGUCCCCCAAGCAUGGUUCGGCGGCGACUUCCUGCCCACGCCCGACUCGCUCGGCGGCUUCGGGUUCAGCGGGGGCAUGCUCGGCGGGAUGGUCAACGGCGGCGGCGGCGGCGGCGGCGUCAACGGGAUGAUGGUCGGCAGCAUCGGCGUCAGCCCGAAGGACGUCGGCUUGAUGGGCGUGAUGAUGAAGGACGAGGACGACGUGGCUGCGAAGCAGGCCGCGCUCGCCUCGGAGAAGCGCCGCCGCCGGCGCGAGUCGCACAACGCCGUCGAGCGCCGCAGAAGGGAUAACAUCAACGAGAAGAUCAGCGAGCUCGCGACGCUCAUACCGGAGUGCAUGCUGGACGUGAACGCCCCCGCAAGCACCCCUACCGAGUCGGACCUCCUCAGCCCGCCCGAGCCGCCGACGCCCGGCGGCGCGGCCGAGAAGGACAAGGACAAGGACAAGGAGGACAAGGACGGCGAGGGUGCCGGCGUCAAGGCGAACAAGGGCAUGAUACUCAGGAAGAGCGUCGAGUAUAUCAGGUACCUCCAGCAGCUCGUCUCCGCGCAGGCGUCGCGCAACCGCGACCUCGAGCAGCAGCUGCAGGCGUACCGCGCGGGGUCCGCGCCGCCCGCGGGCUCGUCGGGGAAGGAGGAGGGCCCGGAGGAGAUGGUCCUCCACGAGGACGCGGGGUUCUCGCUGCCGACGCCGCCGGACCACCAGCAUAAAGAGGAGGGGCGGCGCGGGCGGUACCGCAGCGGCAGCCGCCUCGAGAGCGUCGACGAGGGCGAGGGCGACGUCGAGAUGGAGGUGGAGACGGAGAGCGAGGACGGCGAGGAGGAGCGCGGGCGGCGCGGCCGCGAUGGGCGCGUCGGCGGGGAGGCGAAGGUGCUGGCGACGUGA